AUGACGUGUUAUGUAGAUUUUGAGAAUGUUAUUCUCCCGCUAGUGAAAGAUGAUACCAAACCUAUCGAGAAAAAAAGGGUCGUCAUCGAGAGCUGGAAAAGUAGGUGGGAUAAGUACAAGUCUGAAUCAGACAUAACGGUUGAGACGUUCAAAAAUUUGACUCUAGAUCUGGAAACUGUCUUCGUCGACUACGAUCUAUUUACGAAAGAUAAGAUUGUGAAAAUCAAAGAUGACCUUGUCAAUGUGAGGGCUGAGAUUGCGAGACUAAAGACAAUACUUAAAAAUAUCGAAAUCUCUAUGGUCGGGAUGGCUACUGGGAUGGCUUUCGGAGCGAUUAUCCUGAUGGUAGGCUUGGCGACUGGCGGACUAGCGCUUUGGAUUGGCGGCGCCCUGGCGGUUGGAUCAUUGGCAAAACAUAAAGAUCUCCUGAGGAACGAGGACGAGGAAAGCCGCCUCCAAGGUUCAUUAAACGACCUCAUCGCGAGCAGAGAGCAACCAGGAAAAGUUGUCUGA